AUGAAGCUCAAGGUGUCGCUUCUUGCUGUACUCACCACUGUCGCCGUUGCUGUCAGCUCAGGAACUCCUAUACCAUUAGCUCCUGCAUUGUUUGCAAAUUCACCCUUAGCUUCAGCUUCUGAAUCAACUAUAGUAUUAACCACAACAUCAACCCUGACUGUGCCUGCAGCAUCGUCACCAGAUUCAGUUUCGACUACAGCAUCAACUACAGCAUCAACCACGGCUCUGCCUUCCACAUCGUCACCAACACCAACACCUACAACUUCACCAGCUCCUCAGCCCCCGACAUCGGACAAUGGACCUAGCAACAACUCUGGAGGUGGAUCAAUUGAUGGACUCGUCAACGUCAUCUCCUCCGAAGGUUGUGGAUCUAGCGGUGCAACCAAGGAAGUCACUGCAUUAAGCGGUCCCAAUGGGAAUAUCGAUUUCCUGGACUGCGGCAUCAACGGGAGCGGAUGGAACCCACCCUUGAUCAAAAUCGAGGGAAUCGUCACUGUUGACCUGUCAGCAGUCAGCGACUUUGUCUCAACAUUUGAGAAAUAUGGUAGCCAGUAUGGAAUCCCUGCUAUUCUCCUCGCGUCUUUUGCCAUGCAGGAGAGUUCAUGUAACUCGAGCAUCGUUGGUGGAGCUGGUGAGCAAGAUUUGAUGCAGCUCACCAGCGACAAAUGCGUUGGUGCUCCUAAUGGUGAUUGCCUGGACGUUGAUUUCAAUAUCGGUGCUGGCGCCAAAUUCUUCUCGCAGCUGCUCGAUGAAAAUGAUGGUGACCUCCUCUCCUCCAUUGGUCAUUACAAUGGCUGGUUCCAGGGAAUGACUUAUGCGGAUGCAACCGCUGCUGCCCAUGGCGCUGACUGCAGGGAGCAGAACAACCUCGACUACUUGCACCAGUUCUUGAAUGGUUGGUGCCAGAACAUCAAUGCCUAUCAGCACGACCCUCCUCUUGGCAAAUACUUUAACUUGAAUGUCUGCUUCUAA